AUGGCUGAUCUGCCAACAGAUCGUUUGAGGCCAGGUCCUCCUUUCACGUCAGUUGGGCUUGACUGUUUCGGUCCAUGGCAAGUCGUGAGCAGACGUACGAGGGGCGGUCAAGCUGCAAACAAACGUUGGGCUGUUCUGUUUACCUGCCUUACAUCAAGAGCAGUCCAUAUCGAGGUAAUUGAGGAAUUGAGCAGUUCUUCUUUCAUCAAUGCUUUACGUAGAUUCACCAGUAUCCGUGGCAAGGUCAAGGUAUAUCGUUCAGACAACGGGACCAACUUCAUGGGAGCGUUAGACGUUUUAGGCGUCAACGUCAAUGACAGUGUUAGAAGAUAUAUGGACCAGGAAGCACUGAUCCUUACACAAAAAAGUGAGUGUAUUGUGGACGUAGUUAUAACAACUGAUAUUAAAGACAUGUAUCGGGCACAGUGGAAGCGGGUUCAAAUCCUGGCAGAACAGUUCUGGAAGCGGUGGAGGUCUGAGUUCCUUCAAACAUUGCAAGUGCGCAGAAAAUGGACAGCAGAGCAGAGAGAUCUUCAGUGUGGUGAUGUAGUGUUGUUGAGAGACAAGCAAGAACACAGAAAUUAUUGGCCUAUGGGUCUAGUGGUGCGGGCAGAACCCAGUAACGAUGGACUUGUCAGGACUGCGGAAGUGCGGACUGUUGGCAAAAAUGGGAAACCGACUACAUAUGUACGCCCAGUUAAUGAGAUGGUGCUGCUUGUUCCAUCUUAG